GUUAUAAAACAAUGUUUUGUAAUGGGUAUAUUGAACAUAUAUGCGCAUGCUCGGAGGUCAGAAGAACAUAAGAUUUCCGGGGAGAAGGAUGGCAUCGGCUCUAAAGUUAUCAGGAACUAUUAUGCAGAAAUCAGCAUUAACGAACCUUCUAACGAAGGUAGUUAAACCAGUCACAGCCUCUGGAUCUAGGGAUUUUCAUUUCAAAUUUCAAAGGACAAACCAGUCUUCAACAUCAGGGGACAAGAUCUCAAAGCAGUAUCCUGUAAUUGACCACACUUUUGAUGCUGUGGUUGUUGGUGCAGGAGGAGCUGGACUAAGGGCAGCUUUUGGAUUGGCCAAUGAAGGAUUUAAAACAGCAUGCAUUACAAAGCUUUUUCCAACACGUUCACACACAGUUGCUGCACAGGGAGGUAUCAAUGCAGCCCUUGGGCACAUGGAGGAGGAUCACUGGCAUUAUCACUUUUAUGACACUGUGAAGGGUUCUGAUUGGUUAGGAGACCAAGACGCCAUUCACUACAUGUGUGAGGAAGCCCCCAAAGCUGUCAUUGAGCUGGAAAAUUAUGGAAUGCCAUUCAGUAGACUGGAAAAUGGUAAAAUUUAUCAACGUGCAUUUGGGGGUCAGAGCAUCAACUAUGGAAAAGGUGGACAAGCUCAUCGCUGCUGCUGUGUGGCUGACAGAACCGGUCACUCUCUACUUCACACACUCUAUGGGAGAUCCCUGAAAUAUGACACAUCAUACUUUAUUGAAUAUUUCGCCCUUGAUCUGAUAAUGGAAGAAGGGGAAUGUAGAGGAGUUAUUGCCCUUAGCUUAGAGGAUGGCACCAUCCAUCGAUUCCGAUCAAAGAACACAGUUCUUGCUACAGGAGGAUACGGACGGGCUUAUUUCUCCUGCACUUCAGCACAUACCUGCACUGGUGAUGGUACUGCUAUGGUGGCCAGGGCUGGACUCCCUAAUGAAGAUAUGGAGUUUAUACAGUUUCACCCUACAGGUAUAUAUGGCGCUGGAUGUCUAAUCACUGAGGGAUCCCGUGGAGAGGGGGGCUAUCUCAUUAACUCUAAGGGUGAGCGCUACAUGGAGCGAUAUGCCCCCUCUGCCAAAGAUCUAGCCUCCAGAGAUGUUGUGUCUCGAGCUAGUACCAUUGAAAUCAGAGAAGGAAGAGGUGUAGGCCCAGAGAAAGACCAUGUAUUCCUUCAGCUGUCCCACCUUCCUGCUGAGGUGUUAAAGACACGCCUGCCUGGAAUCUCAGAGACUGCCAUGAUCUUUGCUGGUGUGGAUGUGACGAGGGAUCCUAUCCCUGUUCUCCCUACAGUACACUACAACAUGGGAGGCACACCCACUAACUAUAAGGGACAGGUGAUUGAAUACGUAAAUGGCAAGGACCGUGUUGUACCAGGACUGUAUUCCUGUGGAGAGGCUGCGUGUGCCUCUGUACAUGGUGCUAACAGACUGGGAGCUAAUUCUUUGCUGGAUCUGGUAGUCUUUGGCAGGGCCUGUGCUAACACCAUUGCUGCAGAAAACAAACCUGGAGAUACUAUUGGCAAAAUCAGUCAGAAUGCUGGAGAAGAAUCUGUAGCUAACAUUGAUAAGCUGCGACACGCUAAUGGAAGCCAGACAACAGCUGACUUGAGACUCAAAAUGCAAAAGGCUAUGCAGAACCAUGCUGCAGUGUUCCGAGAAGGACCAUCUUUAAAGGAGGGAGUGGAGAAAAUGUACACCAUAAACAAAGAAAUGGACGAUGUUAAGCUUUCUGACAGAGGAAUGAUCUGGAACACAGAUCUAGUAGAAACACUGGAGUUACAGAACCUGAUGAUAAAUGCUCUGCAGACUAUAGUCUCAGCAGAGGCCAGGAAGGAAAGUAGGGGAGCUCACUCCAGAGAAGACUUCAAGGACAGAAUAGAUGAAUUUGACUACAGUAAACCCCUGGAGGGACAGAAAGAGAAACCUAUGAGUGAACACUGGAGAAAACACACUUUGUCCUACACAGAUAAAACUGGAAAGACUACCCUCGACUACAGACCUGUUAUAGAUACCACACUAAAUAAAGAAUGUGAAGCUGUCCCUCCCGCCAUCAGAUCAUACUAAGUAGUUGAAGUGGAUACUAUGUAUUUCAUCAGCUCUAACAUAAUAUCAGUUUUGGAAAGAGUCUUCAGAAGAAGGAAGUGUGUUCAGUGCAAAAGACAUAAGAAAAGGAAGGAAAAUACAUAUAUUAGUGAAUCUACUAAGUUUGAGGGUGAAAUACCCCUAAAAACAACUUUCCUGUAAGAAGACAUGCCUCAGUUUGUAGACAUCAUGCAUCGUAUCUACAGUUUUGCCAUGGUCUUUAAUGCUUGUAUUAACUUAUUGAAUUAUGCUUCGUUAAUUAUUAUAUAUGUCAGGAAGAUUUUUGUUUUAUACAUUUUGUUGUCAAAUAUAAAAUGUACAUUUUUUAA